AUGGAAACAAACGCAAGCAUUGAUAAUCGAAAUAAAGAUAACAUAAAAGAUAGUUUAAACUCAAAAAUAUUGGAGAGUAAUAAAUAUGAUGAAAAUAUAGUUAAGCAUAACAAAAGUUCAUUAAUAUUAAGUAGACAAUUCUAUGGGAUAAUUGGGGGAAUAACUGCUGGAAUUUUGGGACUUCAAGGGAUAAAAGGGUUUCUCUUUUUUUCAGUAUUUACAUUAAUAGGAACAUUGAUGACAUUUUUUCAUAUUAAGAAUAAUUAUAAAUCAUUUUUUUCUAGUAAAUCAUGCAUAUUUCUGAGUGAUUUUUUUAGUGGACUUAUAUCUUUUAUUUUAUUUUGGACCCUAUCCUAUGACAUAAUAUACAUUUUUUAA